UUCACUGCGCUUGCGCUGACAGACGCAAGAUGGCGGACAGUGCGGAACUAAAGCAAAUGGUUAUGAGCCUUAGAGUUUCUGAACUUCAAGUACUGUUGGGCUACGCUGGGAGGAACAAGCACGGACGCAAACACGAACUUCUUACAAAAGCCCUGCAUUUGCUAAAGGCUGGCUGUAGUCCUGCUGUGCAGAUGAAAAUUAAAGAACUCUACAGGCGGCGGUUCCCUCAGAAAAUUAUGACGCCUGCGGACUUGUCUAUCCCCAACGUACAUUCAAGUCCUAUGCCAGCGACUCUGUCUCCAUCCACCAUUCCACAGCUCACUUACGAUGGUCACCCCGCAUCAUCCCCACUACUCCCUGUUUCUCUUCUGGGACCUAAACAUGAACUGGAACUCCCACACCUUACAUCAGCGCUGCACCCAGUCCAUCCGGAUAUAAAGCUUCAAAAGCUACCAUUCUAUGACCUGCUGGACGAACUCAUCAAACCCACCAGUCUAGCAUCAGACAACAGCCAGCGCUUUCGGGAAACCUGUUUUGCAUUUGCCUUGACACCACAACAGGUGCAGCAGAUCAGCAGCUCCAUGGAUAUUUCUGGGACCAAAUGUGACUUCACAGUGCAGGUCCAAUUAAGGUUUUGUUUAUCAGAAACCAGUUGUCCACAAGAAGAUCACUUCCCUCCCAACCUUUGUGUGAAAGUGAAUACAAAACCUUGCAGCCUUCCAGGUUACCUUCCACCUACUAAAAAUGGUGUGGAACCAAAGCGACCUAGCCGACCAAUUAAUAUCACCUCACUUGUCCGAUUGUCCACCACAGUACCAAAUACCAUUGUUGUUUCUUGGACUGCAGAAAUCGGAAGAACCUAUUCCAUGGCAGUAUAUCUUGUAAAACAGUUGUCCUCAACAGUUCUUCUUCAGAGGUUACGAGCAAAGGGAAUAAGGAAUCCGGAUCAUUCUAGAGCUUUAAUUAAAGAGAAAUUAACUGCAGAUCCAGACAGUGAAAUAGCUACCACCAGCCUACGGGUUUCGCUGCUGUGUCCACUUGGGAAAAUGCGGCUGACAAUUCCAUGUCGAGCGCUUACCUGUUCCCACCUUCAGUGUUUUGAUGCCACUCUUUAUAUUCAAAUGAAUGAGAAGAAACCGACCUGGGUCUGUCCUGUCUGUGACAAGAAGGCUCCCUAUGAACACCUCAUCAUUGAUGGGUUGUUUAUGGAGAUUCUCAAGUAUUGUACAGACUGUGAUGAGAUACAGUUUAAGGAGGACGGCUCAUGGGCUCCGAUGAGAUCCAAAAAGGAAGUGCAGGAAGUCACUGCCUCAUUCAACGGAGUUGACGGAUGCUUGAGCUCCACAUUGGAGCAUCAGGUGGCUUCACACAACCAGUCCUCAAAUAAAAACAAGAGAGUGGAGGUGAUUGACCUAACCAUAGACAGCUCAUCAGAUGAGGAGGAAGAAGAACCCUCCGCCAAGAGGACCUGUCCUUCCCUGUCUCCUACGUCACCACUGAAUAAUAAAGGCAUUUUAAGUCUUCCUCAUCAAGCAUCACCUGUGUCCCGCACACCUAGCCUUCCUGCUGUAGAUACAAGCUACAUCAACACCUCCCUGAUCCAGGACUACAGGCACCCUUUCCACAUGACGCCCAUGCCUUAUGAUUUACAAGGAUUAGAUUUCUUUCCUUUCUUAUCAGGAGACAAUCAGCAUUACAACACCUCCUUGCUGGCGGCGGCGGCCGCGGCGGUCUCGGAUGACCAGGACCUCCUACACUCCUCCCGGUUCUUCCCAUACACCUCCUCGCAGGUGUUUCUUGACCAGCUCAGCGCGGGAGGAGGCACUUCCCUGCCAGCCACCAAUGGGAGCAGCAGUGGCAGCAACAGCAGCCUUGUGUCUUCCAACAGUCUGAGGGAGAGCCAUGGCCAUGGCGUGGCCAGCAGGAGCAGCGCGGACACGGCAUCCAUCUUUGGCAUCAUACCAGACAUUAUUUCUUUGGACUGACGCCCUCGCCCUGCUGCUCCCACCCCGUCCCGCAUUAAAUGACUUGGCAGGAGAGCGCUGUGCUCUGUUGUUUUACCUUAUCCUGUUUAGAAAAGUACACAAGUGUGGUUUUUUUUUUUUCCUUUUUUUAGGGAAAAAAAUUAAAAGAAAUGUACAGAGAACAAAACUAUAUUUUCAGUUUUACUUUUGUAUAUAAAUCUAAGACUGCCUGUCUGAUAAAACACUUGUUUAAAAAAAAAAAAAGAAAAAGAAAGGAAAGAAAAGAAAAGAAAAAAAAAAAAAAAAACAAGCACCCACAAACCUCCUUCAGUUCAUUUUCUGGAUUCUGAAGACUUUUCACCAUUUGUCCUAUGGUUUGGGUUUUAUUUUACUUAAAUGGCAUUAUCUUACUUGCAAUAACAGAAACAGAAUUGCAUGUAUGAAGUUUUAAAUUGUGGGCCUUGUGGGGUGGGGGUUGGGAUAGUUUUGAUUUCCAUUUUUUAAAAGCAACAGACUUGGGUUCUGUUUGUGUGUGCGUGGAUUUUACCGCCUUAAGUUAUGACUCUCACCUAUCCCGCUGCAUUCCCUUUGUUUUCGGGACAUCGCUCAUGGGUAUGUGUGUUCGCCGUGUGCCUGUAUGUGUUGUGUCCCUUCCUUCUGAGUUUGCAUUUAGUUAUAUCAGUUGCCUGCUUCUUUCAAAGUGCUUUAGAGGUCUUGAACUCUCGUGAGAGCAUCUUCUCAACUUCCCCAGAUGCAUGUUCUCCAUACAGGUUCUCUGUGAUCUGCUGUCUAGCCCCAAAGAGUGUGUUUCCCAGAAGUGCUGGAGCGGAAGCUGCCUGGAUAGCCUGUGGGCAGCCUGCGAAUGACCGUGUACUUGUGCUGAUUCAGACCUGAAGCGCCCUAUUUCAUAUGGCAGCCCCAUCUGUGAGUACCUGUAUUUUGGUCGCAGGGUCACAAGUUUUCCUUGAAGAUCUGCAUAUCAAAGUAGGAUGUGAAAAAAGCCCAGAAGCCCUGUGGGGGGCCGUGCGCGGCUCUCAGAGGACAUUGUUCCACCUCAAAAAAGAAAGGAAAGAAGGAAGAAAGGAAAGAAGUCAGAAGCCCUGAGGCUGACAGUACAGUGCAGCCCACGUGUGGGUCCCUAGCAAAUUUGUUUGAUAAACAGCUGAAACUAAAAAAUAACCUGAGUUAUUUUGGUCCCUGGCUCUGGGUAUACUUUCUUUGUCAUCCGUGUUUAUUUUUCUUUCACCUUCAGUGGCAAGUGUGGCAUAGGAAGCGGCUUGUUUUGGUUUUGUUUUUUUAAAUUCAUGAAUCAGUUGGUCUUAACCUACUCUCAAUAGCAGAAUUUGUAAAUAUGCUAAAACUUCAGGAGAUGAUUAAGGGUCAAAGGAAGUGCUUCUCAUACUUCAGAGUCAGCAGAGAAGACGUGCUCUCACAGUGGAGCUCAGGCAGAGCGGAUGGAGAGCUCGGGCUUAGCAGAGGGGGAUGGGGCACAAGGAGCACGGCGUUGCCAGUUCCCAGGGACUUCGUGCUCUCAGAGUUGUGAAGGACCAUCUUUAUGUAUGGUAAAGGUGUUUUCAAACCCAGCAUCAGUGACACUAGGGCCGAGACUAAUCCAGGUAAAAGCCAAGGCUGUAUCUUCAGUUGUAUGAUAAGUGUGGGGUCACAUGGCAGUGUGGCAUCGAAAAAUAAUAUCUGUUUUAUAGCGUCUCUGCUACUAAAUUGUCAACUUGAAUUUUGAAAAAGUUGGUGUUGAUAUGUAUAUGUGUGUGUGUAUAUAUGUAUUUAUAAACAAGUGUGUGUGAGUAACAUCGUCUUCCCCUGCGCACGUGUGUUCCACACAGAAACGGCUGUGUUAGUCACAAAACAAUUUGCAAUAAAACAAGGCAUUUGUUGUCAGUUCAAACCAGAAAUAGUUAUGUUUUUAAAUUCAUGUGGUGGUAUGAUGAGGACACGUUCUACCAUUUCUCAUUGCUGUAUUUAGGCUCAUUUCAGAUAAGGUCAUAAUUUGUGUCUAAAUUGGGAUUAGAGUGGGAACCACUAAAAUUUGGAGGUGUUUUUGUUAACAUUGCAAUAGAAAACAUUUCUUAUUAUUUUAACUAUCUGAGGUAAAAUGAAUAGUUCUCUGUUUUCUUGGUUUUGUUUUGGGUUUUUGUCUUUUAGUUACUGUUGUUAGUGGUUUUAGGACACUGAUCAGUAGGUUUUGUGUCUGAUGCUGAAUUACAAACUUAGAACAAUUGAGUUGAAAGCCCAGCCCUCUGCGUCCCUCAGCCAGCUGUAGAGGGGCCGUUUUCCUUCUUGGCCUGCACUGUGACAACCUGAGGGGGAGGGGAGAAUCCCUGUCCUGCGGCUUUUGGUCGUCUCCGUGGGAGAACGGACCAUUUGGUUCUCUGCGUAUUUUAGUUCAUUCCACUUCCUGAGGUCUUCGUUUCUUCAGUUGUUGCUUUCUAAAAUGUGGCACGUGGUCAAGUCAGUAAGAGACUUUCACAGUCUUCAACAGUUAUUAGAGUCGUGCACUACUUUAUCUCCUACGUUUAAAAGAGAAAAGCGCAUGGUCACUUUGUCCCUUUGUUGUAGUUACUGUUCUCCUUAGGCCGCCCUCACUCCCCAGCCCUGCCAACCUGGAAAGGCUGUGGACAAAGCCUGUUCUCAGCAUCUCUCAGCAGGAUGCCGGGAGCCCCGUAGUCUCUAGUACUAGCAUGUACACGUGUGUUCUGUGCAGUGCUGCGUGUGCCCCGUCUCUCUGUAAGCACACAUCAUCAAUAAAGUAGCUGUUCAACUA